UUUGUAAAUUGAUUUUUUAUUAUUAUUAUUAUUUGGUUUUUUAAUAAUACUGUCUUUUCCUUCCCUUUUCAGGGGCCUCUUGGUUUGGAUGGCAAACCAGGACCUCCAGGACCAAAAGGGGAAAAGGGUGAAGCAGGGGACAUCGGCCCGAGGAUGGUUUUUCCCCGGCUCAAUCACGGAUUUCUGGCUAACGAUCAGCUUGUCUUUAGCCGGCGAGUGCUGAAGGGUGAUCAAGGUCGAGAUGGAGCCACUGGUCCCCCUGGUCCGCCAGGACCCCCAGGUGCCCGGGGGCCUCCUGGCGACACGGGAAAAGAUGGCCCAAGAGGACCUCCAGGCCCCCCUGGCUUCAAAGGCGAGCCGGGAGAGGACGGCCUCCUGGGUGCCAGGGGACCUCCAGGACCAAAGGGUGAGCCCGGCAUCCAAGGGAAAAAGGGUGAUGAUGGGAUCCCCGGGGAACCAGGACUUAUGGGCCCGAAGGGAGAGAAAGGAAGCGUGGGUCCCAAGGGAGAGAACGGCACAGAUGGCUUGCCAGGACCCAAGGGUGAACCUGGUGAGAAGGGAGGAAUCGGCUCCAUCGGACCCCGGGGUCCCCCCGGCCUGAAAGGGGAGCAGGGCGACACUGUAGUGAUCGACUAUGACGGCCGAAUCCUGGAUGCGCUCAAGGCUGCAGGGAUACACAAAGUGAUGGGUUCGCCAGGUCCCCCAGGGCCACCGGGCCCCCAAGGUGCUCCAGGUCCCAAGGGAGAGCUGGGCUUGCCGGGUCCACCUGGGCUGGAUGGUGAAAAGGGUCCCAAAGGAGCAAAGGGUGACCAGGGCAGCGAGGGGAUCAUGGGACAGAAGGGAGAGACAGGAGAAAUGGGCUUAUCAGGUCCACCGGGAGCAGAAGGGCCAAAAGGCGACAGAGGAGAAAAAGGAGACACUGGGUCACCGUGUUUGCAGAAUAAUCACAUCAUACCUGAGCCCGGACCCCCCGGAUUACCCGGCCCCAUGGGUCCUCCAGGAAUCCAGGGACCUAAAGGCUUGGAUGGUGCAAAGGGAGAAAAAGGUGACAGCGGUGAGAAGGGGGACCAUGGCGACCCUGGACCCGCUGGUCUCCCCGGCGCUCCAGGGCUCAUCGGUUUACCCGGUACCAAAGGAGAGAAGGGAAAGCCAGGAGAGCCAGGAUUGGAUGGUUUCCCAGGUCUCAGAGGAGAGAAAGGAGAGAGAAGCGAAAGGGGCGAGAAGGGUGAGCGAGGAAUACCGGGGAGAAAAGGAGCCAAAGGGCAGAAGGGGGAACCAGGUCCCCCCGGACUGGAUCAGCCUUGUCCCGUGGGAGACCGUAGCAUGGCAGGCAGCAAAGGGGACCCAGGUGUACCAGCCCUGGUGGGGGUGAGCGUGCCCUGCCCGUUGGUACGGUAUCUGCUCGCUUGCUUUCUUGCAUGGCUUGUGUGUGUUUCUGCUGUGGCCAAGCCCCAUCCCAAGGAGCAAAUCCCUCCAGGGAGAGGAAGGACACAAGGCAGCAGAGCUGGAACAAGGCGUUUCACUUCGGCACUCAGGGAAGUGAGUGUAAGCAGUGGGAGAUCACGUAGAAGAUGACUGCCCCUUUACAAUUCUGAUUCUGCUCUGGUGAGCCCCCACCUGCAGUGCUGCCUCCAGCUCUGGGAUCCCCAACAUAAGGAGGACAUGGAUCUGUUGGAGUGGGGCCA